GGCUCAUUGUUUGCCGCUCGCCAUCAGGGCCGAUCGCUUCCACGGGGACGGGGCCUUUCUCUCUCUCUCUCUCUCUCUCUCUCUCUCUCUCUCUCCCUGACUCUCUGUCUGUUUUGGGAAGGCUCACCAUGCAGCUGACCCAGCUCAACCGCGAAUGUCUCCUGCAGCUUUUCUCCUUCCUGGACAAGGACAGCCGAAGGAGUUUGUCCCUCACCUGUCAGGAGCUGCGCGAGGUCUUCCUGGACCCCCGGCUGUGGACGCUCCUCCGCUUCAGCUCCCCGUGUCAGCUGACGAGGGACAACUUUGUGCUGGGACCCUCGUUGCGUUACUUGACAGUGUCCUGGUACUCCAGCAGGGUUCUGCAGGUGUGCAACAUUGAGCACUGGUUGAAGAGCUCGUUUCAGAAGGACAUCUGUGGUAAACACGAGAGCCUGGUCAGCGCCUUCCUGAGCCGUGUCUGCCGCAUGUGUCCCAACCUGCUGUGGCUAACCUUGUCUGGCUGCGGACACAUCACUGACCAGGACGUGGUCUCCGUGCUGCAGAGCUGCAGGAAGCUGCGCUCCCUCCACCUGGAGAACUGCGUGCGCAUCACCGACCGCAGCCUGGAGGGUGUGGCGGCUCACGGAGGCCGUCUGGAGGAGGUCACGGUAGACUUCUGCAGGAACGUCACUCAGGCGGGCCUGCGGGCCGUCAGAGAGAAGAGGCCGGACAUCCGGCUGAGCGCAGAGCGGAGCGCUGACAUGAUCCCUGACAGCAGGCCCGAGGAGAAGGUGCCACUCAGGAGGAGCCUGCAGAAACUCCUGCAGUUCUCCUGAUGGAACUUUGGACUUUAUAAGAGUUUUCAAUGAUGCCAUUGUUGUUUUUUUACCUUUUUAUACGACACAAGACCUCCACACAAAGACUGUUGACUAAAAUCAGGUUGAAUUUCAGAUACUUAUUGAAAGGGUGCAGUAAUAUGAUUCCAUGCUUCUGGGAAUAGUUUGUCACUUUUUAUUUCUGAGAGUGGAUGAGAUGAUUAACACCACUUUGGUGUGCAUACGCUAUCUGUUUCCCCCUCAGUCUUUCAGUCUUUAUGCUUAAGGUGUACUAGUCGCCUGCAGGUUCCAGUUACAUAUUGCCUCAAACACAAGAGAAGCAUCGUUCAUGUCUUUAAAACCACACACACACACCUCCGCCGUAUUUACUGAUGUAUGCACAGUACAAAAAGAAUGUGGCAAUUUACUGUUUCACACAAAUUUGUGUUUUGUUUUUUAAGCAGUUUUUCGUUUGUGUGUUUUGACCUUUUUAUAUGUGUGAAGGAUUUUCUACUUUUUUUCUGAAUGUGAUUCUAAAUCAGUUACAGUACAAAAGUCCAUAUAAUUCAUUAAUGUGUGGUUUGUAUUUUUUUAUUAUUUGGUGCUGUAAUUCCAAAACAAACAUGCAGCACUGGCAGCACUGAGCCAUUAGCAGGUGUGUAUUGAUCCAUUAUUGCAGAAUAACAUCUCUGGUUUUUGUAUGUGUAUUUUUUCAAUACACACACCACAAGCAUCAUCAUGCAUGAUGUUUUUCAACAUCAAGUCUAGUCUAUGCGCUGGCCCUCUCAAAGGCACUAACAGGUUGAGUGGAACUGAGUGGAAUCAGCCGCUAGACCAAUUUCACAAUUCAAUUUGGUUUUCAGUCAUUUGACACGUGGCGAGAGUCCAUUCAAGAGUAUUUCCAGUGAAAUUCACAUUUGUAUAUUGAGUAGACAAGAGUCAAAACACAUUUGAAUGAGAUGUAAUCUUUUUCUCCUCGUGGCGGCUCUGUAGACAUCUGGCAACCUUUUAAUGCAUCACGCGAAAGAAAGAAGACCCUCAUGACUCAGAGGCGAUAGUGUAGCAUGUGCUGUUUUGAUAUUCAAAGAAUGCCCAUGAUCCGAAUUCAUAAACAUCAUUUAGAGAGAUACAAAGGCUCACUGCUUAGAGGCCGGACCAGAAGAGAGUUAGGAUUUAGAAUUGGCCAUGUUUGGAGACUACUGAGGAACAUCCUGCUGCGUACAGUAACAGGACUCACAUCCAAACAUCUAAAACACGGCUGUAUCAAAACAUGACUGCUUGUUCAUUCAAGUUUUAUUAAUGAUACAAUGACAAUCCUGAAAGACCGGUUGCCCAACAUGCAUGUUCCUAGAAGCACGGUGUUAUUUCUGUGCCAGUUAUUCAGUAUGAGGCAGCUGCAGCCUUUUUGUUACCUCAUCCAUACUAAUGCAAGUAAUAUGACUCCUCGUGCACCCACUUCAGUUCAUAUGAAUUGUGAAUGAAGUGUGCGAGUCCAUCCUUCACUCUCAAGUAAUCCAGGAAAGUAAUGAACAAAAGAGAAGUUUGUGUCUAACAAGACUACGGUAAGUGGAGGCUACUGUGUUAAAUCAUUCUUUUAUACUGUGUGGGGAAAUCAUUCAUUACCUUCUAAGUGUGCACAUUUAUAUUUAAAUUACUGUGCAGAAUGGAAUUGUUUCUUUUUCCCUUCCUUUCAAUCACUUCUGGCUCAUUAAAUUGAAUUUUCAGUUUAAUUCAUUAAGUAUUUAAUUAAUUAAAUGUCCCAGAAGAUGCAAUUUUUGGCCGGAUUGUUUUUUUAACCCAUUUAUGCCACCACUCCAUCAGGAACCAUAGAGUUUCGUAGAUAUACCGAUGACAUCAAAGUACACGUUUCUGGAUCCCCAGAUAAUAGUUCAUUUCAGUUACAUUUUGAACACUGUUUACACGGCAUGUUGUCACACAACUUUCUGAAUCUUUUGUCUGAAUCAAGACGACAUAUUGAUCAUAAGGGACAAAAUCCCCAAAAGGGCAACUACCAGUCCUUGAGUCGUGAACUCUUCAUAUCAAAGACCUAAAACCUGGGAUUCUGACCUUAGCUUUGAAGAAGAGUAAUAAUGUCAACAAUGUGUGGCGUUCUCAUCUUACAGAAACAGCGCUAAGGUUGGACCUUGUCUCUCUGGCAAACUCUUAUAUAAAAUAGCUGUUGGCCUCGGACAAUUGUACUCAGCCUGGCUUGUUGAUUUAACUAUUUAACCGUCAUGUUACACGGUUGGUAUUUCAUUUCUGCACAAAGCAUAGUUUAUGGGAGUGCUGGAUUAGUAUGGAUCAAAUAUGGACACACAGACACACACACACACACACACAAACACACUUCUGUCAACGGUGGGAACUGCAAAAGCGCUCAAACUUGUUUAAGCAUCCCAGCCUGAGGUGAACAGAUUGAGAUGGGAGGUAGGA